AUGGUGGAAACACGAAAUAGCAAGCUAAAACAAAAAAACAAAACCGUACGGAUAGUAGGGAAAAGGACAUCAAAACACAUUGAAACUGAAAUUUCAACACAGCCCACAAAACGCGCCCGUAAAACAAUUGUUAAGGAAGUGACUGUAGAGUCAGAAUCAGGUGUGACAAAGAUUGAACCGACGUUAUCUAGCAUUCAUUCGAAACUUGCAGUUCAAGCAUCCAAGAAAAGAGCAGCCAUACUUGAAAAAUAUUUACGAGUUAAAGAAUAUGACCGUGGAGAUAUUAUUUUGGGGAUAAGAGUACCUGAUGUUAGAUCAAUUUCAAAAAAUCUUGGCUUUUUGCCAUUUACGGUUCUAAAAGAUCUUAUAAAUUCAAAAUAUCACGAGGAAAGGCUAUUAUCGGUCAUUAACUUGGUUGAUAAAUAUAAAAUCUCUAAGGAUUCAGAAGAAAAAAAAAUUUUAUUCGAAUUCUAUCUUAAUGAUAUGAGAGAGGGUAUUGAUAAUUGGGAUUUGGUUGAUAUCUCAGCAAGUCACGUAGUUGGUUCUUAUCUUAUAGAUAAGCCCGAACUUAAAAAAACAUGGCUGUUUGGAAGGUUGGUAAAUUCAGAUCGCCUUUGGGAUAGGAGAAUUGCAAUAGUAUCGACAUUAUAUUUUAUUAAUCAGGGUCAGUUUGAAGAUACGACAAAAUUGUCUGAAAUAUUAUUAAAUGAUGAGAAGGAUCUAAUUCAUAAGGCUACAGGAUGGAUGCUAAGAGAAGUGGGCAAGUAG